UAUUUUCUCAGGAAUGCCUAACAAAUUGAACUAAAACCAAAUUCCAGGCAGCUCUCCUUUAUUCUCUAUCAUUAGCUCCAGGGCAUGUGUUCUUGCCUCCCUCUUUCUUUCAAUCGUAACUGUAACGAAGCAUAGCAGGGAGACGACAAAGGAAAGCCAUCCCAUGGCUCUUAAAUCAGGCAGAAAGCGACAACCCUCUCGCUCACGAAGACCCCAGAUUUUCAAAAACCCCAAAGCGGCCUUCGCAUUGGCUUUAAUUUUCAUGGAUGCCCUCCUCGUUGCUCUUAUCAUCGCCUACGUUCCCUAUACCAAAAUUGACUGGGACGCAUACAUGUCACAGGUUACUGGGUUUCUUGGAGGAGAGAGGGACUACACUAACUUGAAAGGCGAUACUGGGCCACUGGUUUAUCCUGCUGGUUUUCUGUAUAUUUACUCUGCCAUUCGAUUUAUUACUGGAGGGGAGGUUUAUCCUGCUCAGAUCUUGUUUGGCAUCUUAUACAUCAUAAACCUGUCUAUCGUCAUCUUCAUCUAUGUGAAAACUGAAGUGCUUCCUUGGUGGGCUCUUAUCCUGCUUUCUCUCUCAAAAAGAGUGCACUCGAUCUUUGUUCUUCGUCUCUUCAAUGACUGUUUUGCAAUGACACUCCUCCAUGCUGCAUUGGCCAUGCUUCUUUACCAAAAGUGGCAUCUGGGACUGAUUCUUUUCAGUGGGGCUGUUUCGAUAAAGAUGAAUGUGCUCCUCUAUGCUCCACCUUUGUUACUCCUCAUGUUAAAGGCUAUGAAUAUCUAUGGGGUGAUAUCGGCUUUAGCUUGUGCAGCCCUGGUUCAGAUUUUGGUGGGGCUGCCCUUUUUAGUCUCACAUCCGAUCGCAUAUAUAUCAAGAGCCUUCAAUCUUGGUCGUGUGUUCAUCCACUUUUGGUCUGUUAACUUCAAGUUCAUUCCUGAACCAGUUUUUGUAUCAAAGCAAUUUGCAAUCUCUUUGCUGAUUGCUCACCUUGGGUUGCUUGCUGCUUUUGCUCAUUAUAAAUGGUGCAGGCAUGAAGGAGGACUUUUUAAGUUUUUGCAUUCUAAAGCUACAUCUGCACUUUCAAGUUCUAGCAGUUCAGGCCUUAAGAUUCUCAAGGAAGAACAUAUCAUGACAACUCUGUUUGCUGGGAACUUCAUUGGCAUUGUAUGCGCUCGCUCGCUGCAUUAUCAAUUUUAUUCUUGCUUGUCAGAGUAUAUUAAGGAGGGAAAAUGCAGUAUGUGAAGGAGGGAAGACCUUGUAGUGUAUGACCAAAGCGCCUCCUAAUUACCUUUGUGAUGGCUGUCCAUGCCAUGUCCUUGAAUGCACGUGUCUUCUCACCUGUCUGGAAAGCUGAUGCUUUUAUCAACUAACUGCAAAACAAUUCUCUAUUCUAUUUGUGUUUUCUGGAUACAAAUAGAAUUCAUAAAACCAAUUGUACAAGUGCACAUAAUCCAGUAAACUUGACUGCAAAUUAUAAUCUUUUAUGGCUUGAUUCCAUUUAGCCUCUCUACCAUCUGUCAAGGGUGGUUUGCUCCCAUCUUUCCUCUCAUUCUUCUUAAUGAAAGCAGAAGAACAAAAAUAAGAUGGGCAUGCUUUAUGUCAGGGCUAGUAUUAAUCAAUAGAAUGUUUUAAGUUUUUUUUUGUUUGUUUGAAAUGAACAUAUCAAUGUUCACGUGGUAGAAUUUGUCUGCAUUUCUAGCUGUAUAUUUUCAAU